CUUCUGAUAGUCCAGCAAAAUCAACGAACUAGUCUGAUUUCCGUAGUCCGUACCAGCGAGCUCUGCUCAUUUGCUUCUAUUUGCAUCUCAGAGUCUCUCGCGCUUCGCUCGGCGACUUCGGUCCUUCCCGUGCCGAAGGCUUUUCAGAUUUUCUUCCCGCCCCCGUCGCAGAGCUUUCCGCGUUUACUAGCGAACCUCGCCGCCGGCGUUUCCACCGGAGCAAAUCUAGGACUCCGCCGUCGGCCAGAGCGAGAGCCGGUCUGAUUACGAUCAGAUCUGCGAGACGCCAUUUCAUACUCCCCAAGCUCAGAUGCGUGUUGAUUAUUAGCGACUGAGAUCGCUGCCAAUUCCGCUUGCAGCCGUACUCAUGGCGAUCUCCAGUCCUAUCACUCCCGGCCAGGUCUCCUUUUUCAUUGGAAUCAUACCUGUGCUCGCUGCGUAUAUCUACUCCGAGUUUCUGGAGUACAAGAGAAAGAGAGUAGCCAAAGCGCACUCGGAUAUCAGUUUAGUGGAAGUGGGGCUUGAGGUGGUCAAAGACGAUGAUAAAGCUGUUCUAUUGGAAGGAGGCGGUCUUCAAUCUGCAUCUCCUAGGGCUCGUAACUUGCAUUCUUCAUCUCCUAUAUUCAGGUUCCUUUUGAUGGAUGAGCAGUUUUUGUUGGAUAACCUAUUGAAUCUUAGAGCCAUAUCUGAGUUUGGUCUCCUUUUGGUGUACUUUUACAUUUGCGAUCGCACUGAUGUCUUUGGCUCUUCUACAAAGACCUACAACCGGGAUCUUUUCUUGUUCCUCUACUUCCUUCUCAUCAUUGUUGCAGCCAUUACCUCUUUCACGGUACACAAAGACAGGUCACCGUUCUCUGGAAAACCCAUUCUUUACUUGAACAGACACCAAACCGAGGAGUGGAAAGGCUGGAUGCAGGUCCUAUUUCUAAUGUACCAUUACUUUGCUGCAACGGAGUUGUAUAAUGCAAUCCGAGUGUUUAUUGCUGCAUAUGUCUGGAUGACUGGAUUCGGGAACUUCUCGUAUUAUUACGUGCGCAAGGAUUUUAGUCUUGCCAGGUUUGCGCAGAUGAUGUGGCGGCUUAAUUUCUUGGUCAUAUUCUGCUGCAUCAUACUCAAUAACAGUUACAUGCUAUACUACAUUUGCCCAAUGCACACUCUCUUCACUCUUAUGGUGUACGGGGCCCUCGGUAUUCUGCACAAGUACAAUGAAAUUGGGUUAGUCAUCGGAGCAAAGAUCGUUGCAUGCUUCUUGGUCGUGGUUCUGAUAUGGGAAGUUCCUGGCAUGUUUGAGAUCCUGUGGGGCCCAUUCACUUUAUUUCUUGGCUACACUGAUCCUGCGAAACCUAACUUACCUCGCUUGCAUGAGUGGCAUUUCCGCUCGGGGCUUGAUCGUUAUAUCUGGAUUAUCGGAAUGAUAUAUGCAUACUAUCACCCGACAGUUGAAAGGUGGAUGGAGAAGCUGGAAGAAAUGGAAAUGAAACGUAGAAUAUCAAUCAAAAUCGCUGUUUCUUCAAUUGCAUUAACGGUGGGGUAUCUGUGGCUUGAGUACAUAUAUAAGAUGGACAAGAUUACUUACAACAAAUACCAUCCUUACACAUCAUGGAUACCAAUAACGGUAUACAUUGUUCUGAGGAAUGUUACUCAGUACUUCCGGAACUUCAGCCUGACCCUUUUUGCAUGGCUUGGAAAAGUUACUUUGGAGACGUAUAUUUCUCAGUUUCAUAUCUGGUUGAGAUCCAGCGUCCCAGAUGCUCAACCAAAAUUAUUGCUAUCUCUGAUCCCAGAAUAUCCACUGCUUAACUUCAUGCUUACGAGUGCAAUAUAUGUUGCAGUUUCCUAUAGACUCUUUGAGCUGACAAAUACAUUGAAGAUUGCUUUUGUCCCCAGCAAAGACGAUAAGCGACUGGUGCAAAACAUUAUAACAGCUGCAAUUCUUUCUAGUGUUCUGUACUCGCUGGCUUUUAUCUUUUUGAGACUUCCCCAGUUAAUGGUAAGAAUUAGCUUUUGUUAUUGACCAGCUCAACAUUAUAACUGCAUACUGUUUUGUCGGAGUACACUCACUGCCUUGUACUCUACAGGUUUAAACUUGAAUGGUCACCGCGCAGAGUUCGUAACAGAAACAGUAUAUGCUAGUUCCGGUGUCAUUUUGGCUCUAGUGCAAAGAAUCUGAGCUGGUGAAACAAGGUGAGUUAUAUGGCAUCCAAGCGAAGAGGUCGUGUAUCCCCCCCAUCCUCGAUAGUAAAUGGCUGAUUAAGUGUAGUUGUGAUCAUAGUCCAUAGUUCAUUAUGUCGGGGGAUUUGUUAGAAGCAUAAUGCACCAUUACCUUUGGGAGGCUAGUUUUCUAUCGUUCUGGCAGGAG